ACUGGUCGAUCAAUGUAUAAAGCAAAGGAGUCGGUCUUCCUGUCCAAAACUCCAUAUCCCUCUCUCUCUGAGAGAGGCUUCCUUCCCACAUUCUUUCUUCCCAAACAAACCCUAACAACCCCUUCAAAAUUACGCACCAUGCCAUUCCCUUCCUUCCAGCUCCUUUAACGCUAACCCUAAAUCUUCCCCUUCCCUGCUCCCGCUAGGGUUUUAUCAUAUCUAGCGUCAACCGUACGUAGACUUCUUUGAUUUGGUUUCGUUCUUUUGAUUUGAAUCUAGAGAUUCUCUUCUCUGGUUGGUUAUGUAAAUAUGGAGAGAUCUGGCAAAGAUUUGAAGGACGUCACUGAAGGUUCAUCAGAUACACUGUUUGAUGCAUCACAGUAUGCGUUCUUUGGGCAAAAUGCCGUGGAAGAAGUUGAUUUGGGACGUCUGGAUGAUGAUGGUGACGAUCCUGUGUUCGGAUCUGUCAAUGAUGAUGAGUACCAUUUGUUCGAUAAAGAUGAGGGUGUGGGUAUGGGAUCAUUAUCGGAUGUGGACGAUCUAGCAACUACAUUUGCAAAGUUAAACAGAGUUGUCAUGGGACCAAGAAAUCCUGGAGUUAUUGGAGAUAGAGGUUCAGGAUCUUUUUCAAGAGAAAGUUCAUCUGCCACUGACUGGACACAAGAUGGAGAAGUCGCAAGCUGGUUGGAUCGGCAAAUGCCUUGCAUGGAAGAUGCCUUGGAGCUCAAGAGAUGGUCAUCACAGCCACAAUCUUCCUUUGCUCGUUUCAGUAAAUCGAAGCCUCUGUACAGAACUUCCUCAUAUCCGCAGCAGCCACCACAGCAGCUGAUCUACACAAGUGAACCGGUUUUGGUAUCGAAAUCAAAUUUUAUAUCUUUCCCUCCUCCUGGUAGCAGAUCUCUGCAAGCUUCACCGCAGCACCUGAAUAUUUCUUCCCUUUCCGGAGGAUCAGGGUUGCCCUUCUCUGCUCCAAACUUUCCCCCAUUAUCCAACUCUAAUCCUCAUCUUUCUGGUUUACAUCAUGGGUUGGACUGUGGUGGCAAUGUUCCCCAGUACAGCUCUCCUGGACUUUUAUUAAACAGCAGGGCACAAAACCAUUGGCUUAAUCACAGUGGGUUAUUACGUGGAGAUCAGUCCAGCCUCUUGCAUAAUAUAUUGCAACAGCAAUUAUCUCGCCAUAAUGACCUAUAUUCAUCUCAUCUAUUUUCAUCACAGCAGCAGCAGCAGCAGCACAGACUGCAUGCUUCACUUCAACCAUCUUUGGCUCAUUUGGCGGCGAUGCAAUCGCAACUGUAUCAUUCUCAUCCUGCACCAUCUCAUAGAAGGAUGGCUGGUUUGACUGACAGGGAUCAAAAACCAAAAUCUUCUCAUCAAGGGAGACAUAGGUUUUCUCAUCAUGGCUCUGAUAUUAGUAGUCAGAAGAGUGAUAGUGCAUUGGUGCAAUUCAGGUCCAAGUAUAUGACUGCCGAAGAGAUUGAGAGCAUUCUUAGAAUGCAGCAUUCUGCUGCUCAUAAAAAUGACCCAUAUAUUGAUGAUUAUUACUACCAAGCUCGCCUUGCUAAAAGAUCUGCUGGGUCCAGGAUAAAGCACCAUUUCUCCCCAGUCCACCUGAAGGAACUGCCCUCUCGUGGCCGUAACAGUGCAGAACAACAUCCUCAUGUACAUGCUGAUGCACAUGGGAGGAUUCCCUUGACUUCCAUUCGCAUGCCUCGUCCCCUUCUUGAAGUUGACCCUCCUCCCUCCGGUUCUGGUGCUGGAAGUUCUGAGCAAACAGUCUCUGAGAAGCCCUUGGAACAGGAACCAAUGCUUGCAGCUAGAAUCACUAUUGAAGAUGGAAUUUGUCUACUUCUUGAUAUAGAUGACAUUGAUCGGUACCUGCCAUUUAUCCAGCAUCAAGAUGGUGGGGCCCAGCAACGGCGUCGGCGGCAGAUGCUGCUGGAAGGGCUGGCAGCAUCACUUCAGCUUGUUGAUCCACUUGGCAAAAGUGCCCACACUGUUGGCCUUGGCCCCAAGGAUGACAUUGUGUUUCUACGAUUAGUCUCGCUCCCAAAGGGAAGAAAACUCAUGACUAGGUUUCUCCAGCUUCUCUUUCCUGGUAGUGAGCUCACCCGAAUUGUUUGUAUGGGCAUUUUCCGUCACUUGAGAUUUUUGUUUGGCGGUCUUCCUUCGGAUUUGGAAGCAGCUGAGACUACUAAUAAUCUGGCGAAGACAGUUUCUGCAUGUACUAAUGGCAUGGAUCUUCGUGCACUUAGUGCUUGUCUUGUCGCAGUUGUUUGUUCAACAGAGCAGCCGCCGUUGCGCCCCCUUGCAAGCCCUGCUGGGGAUGGGGCCUCUGUUAUUUUGAAGUCUCUACUUGACCGUGCGACUAAGCUGUUAUCUGAUUCUCAGGCUGCUGGCACCCGUAGCUUGUCGAAUCGGGCUCUCUGGCAGGCAUCAUUCGACGAAUUUUUUAAUAUCCUUAUCAAGUAUUGCGUGAGUAAAUAUGAAACUAUUUUGCAAUCAGUCUAUGCGCAGAACCAGCCAAAUGCAGAUGCUAUUGGUUCAGAAGUGACCAGGGCAAUAAGUCGUGAAAUGCCUGUGGAUCUUCUGCGAUCAAGUCUGCCGCACACAAAUGAAAGCCAGCGGAAGGUUCUAUUAGAUUUUGCUCAGAGAUCCAUGCCCAUCAGUGGAUUCAAUACUCAUUCUGGGACAAGUGGCCAAAUAAACUCGGAAUCAGUUUUUGAGGCCUCAGUUUAAUCUGUUUAAUAUACUCUCUCUCAGUCUCUCUUACUGUCUUAAAUAGAAUUCUAAAAUGUUGAUGCUCAUUCUGAUGAUAUAUACUAUUGCUAAGACGUGCAUCAUGAUGGAAAUUAUCGAGGGGGGAGUUGGUGUCCAGAAGUUUUCUUUGUAGGGAGCUUUAUUUUGAUGCUCGUUGUUGAAACUCCAGGCAACUGGAAGUGGAAGGAUAGGGGAUAGAAUGUACAGGCUUGUCGUUAAGAGCAUUAGGAUUCUUCCUUUUUUGUUCCUCCUAGUCCUAGAUGGCAAUUGUGAAUUGUGAUUAUUUCUUUGAAGGGGGUAGUGUUCUAGACCAGUCAUGUAUCUGUUGGGAGUCUUUUUAUUUCUGGGAACAACCAUUCCUUUAAGGAGGUUCUCUGAUCUUUGUCAAUAUGUAAUAACUCUUGAAUUCUGGAAUCAUGUGGAUGCUCUUGGAUAAGGUACUCGUAAUUCUAUGUUGAUUUGUGCACCA